GUCUGCAGCAGCUCGGGCGGCGGUGGUUGGGCUUCUCUCUCUGAGUGUGUAUGUGUGUGUGAAGGUUUUUGGAUUGGAGAUGCAGAAAGAAAGGGCAGUUUCAAGGAAGUGACGGACGACGCUCGGGGGACUGGUCAGAGGAAGUUUGUUCGAUGCUGGUGCCGAGCCGCUGAACCAAACUUUUCCCCCGUUGAGCGCCAGCAGCACCGUGGACCGGGACGGACGGACCCAGCGGCGGAGAGGAGCUUUUGUUUCCUCCUCCUCACACCAGCAGGAGUAACUUGAGGCUGGGAGAACGAGGGGUCGCACAGGAAUUUCACUCCCACAAACCAAACCCCCCUUUUUCCUUCUUCUUCCCCGCGCCUCCUUUUGGGCUUUUUUUUUUCUUGGAUACGCGAUGGGAAAGGAGCAGGAGCUUCUUGAGGCGGCUCGGACAGGAAACCUGGCCGCGGUAGAGAAGCUUUUAUCCGGAAAGCGACAGUCCGCUGGCGGAUCGUCUGGGACCGGUGGAAGCGGCAACAGCGGCGGCCACGGCGCCUCCUCUCAUCCGCUCUCCAGUCUGCUCAGUAUCUGGAGAGGCCCCAAUGUGAAUUGUGUGGACAACACUGGAUACACCCCUCUCCACCACGCCGCCCUUAAUGGACACAGCGACGUCGUGGAGGCGCUGCUACGAAACGAGGCCUUGACCAACAUCGCGGACAACAAGGGCUGCUACCCUCUACAUCUGGCUGCUUGGAAGGGAGAUGAGCAUAUCGUAAAACUCCUCAUUCACCAAGGACCCUCGCACCCCAAACUCAACGAGCAGAGCUCUGUAGACCAUAAAGAGUUCAAACGCUGUGGGCCCUUUGACCCCUAUAUUAAUGCCAAGAACAAUGACAACGAGACGCCGCUGCACUGUGCCGCCCAGUAUGGCCACUCUCGGGUGGUGCGGCUGCUGCUGGAGGAACUGACGGAUCCCACCAUGAGGAACAACAAAUUUGAGACUCCACUGGACCUGGCUGCGCUGUACGGCCGUCUGGAGGUAGUCAAGCUGCUGCUCAGCGCCCACCCCAACCUACUAAGCUGUAACACCAAGAAACACACACCGCUGCAUCUGGCCUCUCGAAACGGACACCUGUCUGUGGUGGAGGUGCUACUGGAUGCUGGCAUGGACAUCAACUAUGAGACGGAGAAAGGCAGCGCCCUCCACGAAGCAGCCCUGUUUGGGAAGACAGAUGUGGUACAGAAACUUCUCAGUGCAGGUAUCGAUGUGAACAUUGUCGACCAGAAGGGCCUGACAGCGCUGGACAUUGUCAAGGACGUGCCCUCUAAAAAGACCAGAGGAAUAGCUGCUUUCAUCCUUGGUCACAUGACUGGAAAACCCCCCGACAUUGACCUCCCUCCUCCACCAGUUCCUCCACCUCAGGAGAGUCCCAGCCCGAGGAAAAAGGGAGAUCUGGAGAAGGUGAGCGAGUUAAUCUCGGGGCUGGCUCCGGGGCCUGAGGAGGAGAGCCCGUAUGAAGCUUUGUUUGAAGCCACUUCCUGCCACUCUUUGGACAGCCUCACCAGCGGCAAAUCCUCUGACAGAGACUCAGGACGGCCUGAUAGUGAAGCUGGAAAGAAAGAUCGUCUGGUCCAGUCAACACACCCAGGCCCUGGUCACGAAGAGGAGGUGAGCUCAGAGGCUCUGUAUACUAGCAGCAACAUUGAUGAGAGAGGAGAGCCUGUGGAGGAGGAAGAGGAUCACACAUAUGAGCUGUUGCUGACUGCACAGACCAAAGUCCCACCGCCCAGCCAGGAGUCCCAAUCCCAUAAAGAUGAAAAUACCACUAUACAGUCUUCCAACAGUGUCCUACCUCAGCGUAAACCCACCGCCCCAAAUGACCUCAGAGCCCCAAGUAAGACGAAAGACAGUCUGCACCCUCAUGGACGGGUGGGCUCACGGGCGCCGGGAGAUAACUCCCAGCUCAGCCAGGAUCAAGGAGCAGGUGUCCCAGAGCAGUUCACUGGCCUCCUGCACGGAUCUUCUCCCGUCUUCGACUGCCGUGAGGAGCCCUUCAGGCUUCCAGGUGCUCUGCCGCCCAACCAAGGCCAUCCAGAAACACGGAAAGCUGCCAAAGUAAAAGAGGAAGUGACAGCAGCUGCACCCCAGCCUAGCCGUCCCAGUAUGGCCGCCAUCCUGACAGACUGUGAUCCAAAAGCAAUUUAUGCGACUGUGAACAAAGAACCCCGGGACUCAGGGGCUGGCGCGGUAUCUUCGGUCAGGAUGCGCCCUCCUGGAGACCUGAAACUGGCUCGCAGCCUCUCCAAAUCUGACUCGGACUUGCUCGUGUCGCCUCCUAGUGAGGAGGAAGGAGGACUGGGAAACCGUAGCGAGUCUGUUUCUAAUUGUAGCACUGGCAAGAAGAGGCUAGAGAAAUCUCCCUCUUUCACCUCAGAAUGGGACGAGACACAGCGGACUUCAUCCUCCACAAAACAACGAAGAUCAAAUUCCUUUGACAGCAUCGAGAAGAUCAUGACACUGAUUGGUGCGGGCAUCGAUUUUUCUAGAGAUCAGCAUUAUGCUACACCAGCAGGUGCUGCAGGCCGGCUGCUGGACCAGCCUGUGGGAGACUGGCUGGAGCACGUGGGGCUGCCGCAGUACGAGAGCAAACUACUCCUGAACGGGUUUGACGACCUGCACUACAUGGGGUGCAAUGUAAUGGAGGACCAGGACUUAAGAGAGAUUGGAAUCACAGACCCAAGCCACAGGAAGAAGAUCCUGCACGCAGCACGUUCGUUACCAAAGGUAAAAGCACUGGGCUGUGAUGGCAGCAGCUCCCUGUCCUCCUGGCUGGAGAAUCUGGGCCUGCAUGAGUACCUACACAACUUCCUGGCGAGCGGGUACCGAACUCUGGACUGUGUCAAAAACCUGUGGGAGCUGGAGAUUGUCAAUGUGCUAAAGAUUACCCUGCUUGGUCACAGGAAACGUAUCAUUGCUUCUUUAGCCGAGAGGCCUUAUGAGGAGCCUCCAGUCAAACCUCCUCGCUUGUCUCAGAUCAGGUGCCAAGACCUGCCUGGAUCGCAGACCUCGUCUCCGCUCAGUCAUAUGGAGCCCUACACAGGACGCUCAAUGGACCCUCUGCUGCCUCUGGGAGAACCAGGGAGGAAAAAAGCACCAGAUAGCGACUAUGACGUUACCCAAAGACAUCGCAGUGAACGACACAGGCCUCACGAGCGGCAUGAGGACUGGCAUCGAGAGCCCCGUCUCACCCUGCGGCCUCCUAGUUUAGCAGCGCCGUAUGCUCCGGUCCAGAACUGGCAUCACCAACCUGAGAAACUCAUCUUUGAAUCCUGCGCCUAUGAAGCCAAUUACCUUGGAUCGAUGCUCAUUAAGGAUCUCAGAGGUACUGAGUCCACGCAGGAUGCUUGUGCCAAAAUGCGGAGGUCAACAGAACAAAUGAGGAAAGUCCCAACUAUUGUCCUUUCAAUCACGUAUAAGGGUGUAAAGUUCAUCGAUGCAGCCAACAAGAACAUCAUAGCAGAGCACGAGAUCCGAAACAUCUCUUGUGCAGCCCAGGACCCGGAGGACUUGUGCACGUUUGCCUACAUCACUAAGGACCUGCAGACCAGCCAUCAUUACUGCCAUGUCUUCAGCACAGUAGACGUGAACCUGACCUAUGAGAUUAUACUGACGUUGGGACAGGCGUUUGAGGUAGCUUAUCAGCUGGCUCUGCAGGCCCAGAGGACCAAACAGCACCAGAACCUUCCAGUGGGAGCCGGUUCAGACGUCAUUGAGACCAAGUCCAGCCGACCUGUGCCCAAACCGCGAGGCAGCGUCCGGAAGUCUGGGGGUGACAUUGUGGACCAUGAGGGGGAUUCUCAGUCCCAGGGCAGCGCCACGUGGCUCGUGGACCCAAAGGAAUCCAAGCGCACUAUCAGCACUAAGUACGAGACCACCAUAUUCUGAGUGGACCCCGCUUCCUCCUGGGCCCGGUCUCACCUUUCCUCCUUCCCCUCCUUUUGUGUGCCUUUCACUGUGACUCUGCCUCUCUCUCUCUCUCCGGCCGGACCUCUGCCCUUCCCCGCCUCCCCCCAGCCAUCGCUCGUGUCCUCCUCUGACAGCACCACAACCCGUGACAAUUAACCGACUUCUGUUGCUCCCUCGUUAUGUUAAAUUACCGCCACUCCUGUGCUUUUAACUGAUGAUUAGUGCAACCCUUCCACCUUGUCGACCCUCUUCCUGGCUGGUUAUCGCUCACCCUACGAGCCUGACACACACCUCCACUGUUAUUCUCCUCUGUUUACCUUGAUUUGCUUCCUCAACUCUGUGUACAAUGCUUCCUCCUUUCGACCUUCAACAUCCCUCUGUUUGCUGUUGGUGAUGAGCUCUUUCUUUUCUUGGUGCUUUUCCAGCUCUAUUAGGCGACGGCCGCUUUGAGGCUUUUCACUCUGAUCUUUCAACUCCCGACUCCUCCGAGUGCUGAGAAAAAUCUGAUUUACCACAGCCAAGAGUGACCCACUGCACACAUCCUGUACGUGGAUGGACAUGUUUCCUGAGGAAACUGUGAAACUGAUCCUGUAAUUCUAUGCAUCAGUUGGACUUUACUGUUCCAGUUCAGUGGGAUGCAGGUGUCAUAGAGGCUGCACACAGGAUUAACUAAGGGAGAGGUUUUUCCACUGUCAGCUGUCUGCGUGAAGCCAAAGGAGGCUAAGAUCAUAGCACUGUGAUAAGGUUCUUUCAGAGCUAAUGAAGUAAGCAUUUUGGGGAUUUUCCCAAGGGGGGCAGAGUAGGGCACAGAAGUAUGAUAUGGACCUGCAUGUUAGUGGUCCUUGUUGCUCCAGAAAACAGGCAGUCUGUCCAUCAAAGCACCAGGAUUUCAACCUGGUGCUUCUUCUGGAGUCAACAAACUAUAGCUAAGCACUUUUACCAAAUCCCCAAGUGUGUAAGAACAAGUGCAUUCUCCUUUGUCUUGUCUUAUUUUUCUCUUCUUUUCACAACAAAUGCCUUCUGUGUUCAUCCUGUCUGCAUUGCCUUUCGUCUUUUUUGCCAGUGCAACAAAUGGUGAAUAUUUUACACCUGCUGGUGAAAACAGUUAAUGAUUAUAAAAGGGGGGUAAUUCAUUACUAUCAUGCCGUUUGUGUGCAUCAGUUUGCUGUUGUUUUUCCUUUAUUUUAACUUCACUGCUUUGUGUGCGUGUGUGUCUGUGUCCCUUCCCUAUAGCUGAACACUGUGGACACUCCCAGUCAGUAAGAAAGGACAGGAAUGAGCCCUGUUGCAUGGUGGGUAGGAGGUUUUGUUGGAAAAGUGACCCAGUUUCCGUGCAGCAGAUCACAUCACCGGUGGGAGUCGUGCUCACCACAGUAACACACGGGCCUGGAGACACAGAGCUUUCAUCACCACAGGCUCCAUCAGGUCGUCCGACUCCAUCACUCCACACAUUUAGCAUCCUGUCCAUCAGACAGUGACGGUUGCUCCGUGCGUCACGGGAGUCAGACGUAUUUUCUCUUUGCGUUUCCUGAUAAAUGAAUCAUUGCCUCUCUCACAAUGAGUUUGUGUUUACUCUUUCAGGAAAUGUACCUGCAGGUUUCAAUGCAGAGCUUGUGGUAAAAGGGGAAGUAGCAGAGAUAAGGAGCAUCAACCUUUUUUGUUUGUAUUAUGAUACCAGACCCGAGACCUCACACUGUAGGUAGACAGACACUCCUUCCUGGAUUGUUCAGACAUUGUAGCUUCUGUUAACGACCAUCAGCUUAUGUACAUGUGUAACUGUGAUAAACAAUGUAAUCUUGCAUGGGAGGAACUGACACUACAAAGACUGUUUUAUAGUAAUGUAACACAGGAUGGCUUUUAUUUGAUUUGAAAGUUGUGUCCUUUAUUUUUGUCGGUUUUAAUUGUUUUAUAGGACAGUGAUGUGUCCUAAUGCUGAAACUGGAUCAGGUGUGGUUCACUUCAGUUCUCUCUCUCUUUCCCUGCUCCUUUGUUCAGCUAAUCUUGACAAGAUUAUUCAUAAAAACCUGCCAUGCAGGCUGGUACGACUUUAGAUUUUUAGGUGCAGAACAGAACAAUAGGGCACAGCAUGUUUCUCUAGCUAACUCCCAAUAUGUCGACUGUUAAUGGUACUGUUUGGUCCACCAAUGUGUGUAUAUGAGUAUGUAGUCAGGUCAUUUUGAUUUAACUGUUGUAUGUGUGGUACGUCGUCCAGCCAGUACGAUAACUCCAUGGUACACUGUCUUCAGCUCGCUGGUGUCGGCACCUUCAGCCAUCAGCUCGGUCCUGUCCUGCUUUUGCACAUUGCUGAGGAUCAAGAGAGAUCUUCUGGGACUAAUCUGAUGACCACAAUGAUGAGAAUGAUAUUGUACAUGAAUUCUAGCGGUCUGUAUUUUGAUACUUGAAUGAUUUUUGCUUUUAUAGAUAUCUAUAUAUAUAUAUAUAUAUAUAUCUAUAUAUGUAUAUGUAUGUAUGUACGUAUGUAAUUUUGACGUUUGUCAAAAGAGAGAAAAGGACUAUGUCUUAUAAAGUUAAACAUAUCGUGAUUAAAUACCCUGUGAUUUAAAAAAAAAAAAAAGGCUGAGAAAAUGACUCAGAAGAGGGACCUCAAUUCAGAAAAAAAAAGAUUGUAAAUAAUCUUGGGCUUCCAGUCUUUUUUAUGAUUAUUUUUCAUAAUUGUACAACUAAUAAAUGGCGCCGUUAGAA